ACUAUAAUAAAUUAGUUUUUUGUGCAGACGUCCCGGAGUUUAUUUAUUCACUAUGAGUGGAAAGUUUGAAAAUGUUAACAAAUGCGCCAUCCCUACUUCAAGGGCAAGUGACAUGUGGCGUCAAAAACAUUUAAAUAAUUUAAAAUUGGCGAAGAUUGACCACAACGUUAUCCUCACUGGAGACUCCCUUAUAGCAAACUUGGAGAGGCAUCCCAUUUGGGACAUGUUUCAAGCAUUUCAAACUGCAAAUUUUGGAAUCGGAGGCGAUAAAGUGGAACAUGUUCUUUAUCGUUUAAAAAACGGCGAAUUAUCAAAUCUGAAAACCAAAAUUGUGGUCAUAUUGGUAGGAACAAACAACACGGAACAUAGCAAACCGCACGAAAUUUAUGAAGGAAUUAUUAAAUGUGUGAGCAUCGUUAAAGAAUUGCUUCCGAGUGCUCACAUAAUUUUACCCACCAUGCUUCCCAGAGGAAGAGUACCAAAUGCCCAGCGCGAUUGCUUGGAAGUCGUCAACAGUUUAUUAAAUAAAUUUAACAAUAUAAAUAUGAAUAGAAGACAUAUUCACAUAGUGCACACACAUAGAAAUAUUGUGGAUGAAAGAGGUUUCAUAACAAGAGAAAUAAUGUAUGAUUAUUUGCAUCUCACAGCCAAAGGCUAUGAUCAAUGUUUUCAACCAGUAAUUGAUUUAAUCAGAAAAAUAUUGACUGACAAAUGA